AUGGCACCUCGGUCCGUGGCCGCUGGGCUGGGACUGCUGUUUUCCUUUUUGACGCUGGUCCAGCCGCGCGGGCACGCCCCAGCUGAACCGAAGGAAAUUCACAACCACGAGUACAUUUUUGUCAUUGGACAACACCACAGUGGAACGACCAUUCUCGACCUCAUUCUCUGCCAGCACAACAACAUCAGCUGCAUCCAACGUCUGUCACCCCGGCUCGACCCUGACCCCGAGAUGCACCGCUCCCUGCCAUACUGCAGCUCACGCAUGCUCUCAACCCCUGUUUUAGAGUCCAAUGCACCGCAAAAUGAGGGUCAGCACCUGCAGCACGUGUACCCCUCGGCGCGAAAGCUGGGCGGGAUGCAGGCCUACGCCUUGCACUCAGAAGGCCAUCUCCUCCACAACAGCUCCUUCAUGACCUCGCACAGUGGACAAGACCUGUUUCGGUCUUGGUCGCGCUACUGGAAUACGUCCAACUACUACUUGCUCGAGAAGAGCCCGCGCCACGUGAUCAUGACCCGUUUCCUGCAGGAGGCCUUUGCCCCGCAUCCCACCUAUUUUCUCUUCAUCAUGCGUCAUCCGCUCGGCUGCUCGCAUUACAACUGGCGACGACGCUGGCGCGCGCUGCGCACCACCUGCGGCCGUGAGAUCCUUCUCCACUGGCUUCAGGUGCACGAGUAUUUUGCUGCAGACCACCUGCACUUGCACAACAUCAUGGGCAUUCAGUUUGAACUGUACCUCAACCGCUCCAAAAGCAUGGCCCAGGCCUAUACCAACAUCUUUUUCGACUUUUUGCAUAUUCCAGACCCAGUGCAGCUGGAAUUCAGCGAGGACCACAGCACCCACUUUGAUGACGAGGGCCACUCCUUGGAGCUGCACGACAUUGACCACAAUGUGAUUCGACCCCAUCCGAUCCACGACAAUGGCGACAGCGGCACCGACGAUGACGAUGCUGUUGUGCGCGACCUCGGAGCCAAGGCUGAUGGGGCUGGCAACGACGACGGUGGCCGCAGUGACGACGAUGACGACGACGACGAAGGCGACGAUUUUGAUGAGGAUGACGACAAAGGCCCCGACCAUGGGCUGCAACGCUCCCCCAAGAGACUGCGCCGACGUCGUCUGCUCGAGUUUCACGGCGAUAUUCACCAUGUCAAGGUGCGCUACGGCGGCGUUUACUCGUGGAUUAACGACUGGAAUCGGAUCGUCGACAUGGACUCGCCCAUCUGUCAAGCCGUGGUGGCGGACCUCGAGCCUCGUCUCAACCGUUUUGGCUACUCGCUGAAAGAUCUCACCUGGAUCGGUGAGCCCGAGCCAUUGGCCGAUCUGAUGCUCAAAGACCCCUAUAAACGACGCUGCCGCAACCACCCAAUUGUAUCAGCUGAGAUGAAGAUAUCCCUGUCUGGGGCACUCUUCAAUCAUAUCAUUGCACGCCUCUCUCUCUCUGUCUCUCUCUUCUCUGUCUCUCUCUCAAACUCUCUCUCUCUCUCAAACUCUCUCUCUCUCUCUCUCUCUCUCUCUCUCUCUCUCUCUCUCUCUCUCUCCUUGUGUUCUCCUCUCGAUCCCAGUCCCUCUCUCAAACUUUCUCUUAAACUCGCUCUCUUGAAAACGCUUUCUUUCUCUGUCUCUGGCUCUCUGGCUCUCUCUUCAUUCUCUCUUCAUUCUUUCUGUCUCUCUCUUCUCUGUCUCUCUCUCAAACUCUCUCUCUCAAACUCUCUCUCUCAAACUCUCUCUCUCAAACUCUCUUUUCUCUCUCUCUCUCUCUCUUUGGACAAAGACGUGCCGCUCUACUACUGGUCGGACUUUUGUGCCCCGCCUGACCUGCGAGGGUGCUUGGUAAAGUGUCGACUGGGCCCCGUUGGCUUACAGCAACAGACCGGCGCCAUGAUGCGCUCAUCAAAGCGCAAGUCCUCCAUGAAGGGCAUGAACCCGGCAUUUAUCACAGCAAUUGACGAACACUCGAUAAGUGCGCCGUACUACCUGCAAAACCAGACUGCCAGCCAUGUACAAGAGCAGCUUGAGGGUCUACCCGACGGCACGUUUUACAUUUACGACGACGGCAAGGGCCACAACUUUUACCUGUGCUAUCGGCACGCGGAACAAACAAAGACAGCCACCAUCAGCGCCACUGCGGAGGGCGUUUUCAUCUCCACCUCCACUGAGAAGUUUGGCAGUCUGAUCGAGCUCGUGUGCUACUACAGCAACGCAAAUGCCGAUUUGCCCGUUCGCCUACAGCUGGACCCUAAAACGUUGAAAAAGGCUCCAAAAGUCUCCAAGAACCGCGCCAAAAGCCUCGAAAAAUUUCGCAAAGCUCAAGAGCGCGAAGAGAAAAAGCGCGAACAAGCCCGCCUCAAGGCAGGUUUUCCCGCCCGAUACUCGGUCCCAAACCACGGUGCCUCGUGCUUGCUAACCCGUUGUCCUCUUUUCUCUAACCCGCUACCCCACUCCGCACCCGAGCAGGGCGCCGAACUUCCCGGUGCCCAAUUGACCGUGGCUCACAUUGUGACCUGGCUCAAGAACGAGGGCAUGGGCGAAUACGCUGGCAACUUUAAGAAGCAAAAGGUCGAUGGAGUUCGACUCUUGGCUUUGACCGAAGAUGAUCUAGCUCGUCUGGGCGUCAGCUUUCCGCAGCACCGCCAGCAAAUCAUGCGUGCCAUCGACAAGCUGCGGCGCCGCUUCGAGGCUGAAGCAGCAGGCAUUGACGUGGAGGCCGAGGCUGCACAACAAGCUGCGCAGCCUCAACCCUUGAUUCCCGAGCCGGAAGAGGGUAAGGCGAUUGGCGUCAUCGGCCGCAACAUUAACGGCGUGAUUCGUCUCUUUGACGAAGAAACCAACGAAGAAAUCGAUGACCUCGAGAAGCACCAAGCCGCCAUGCGGGCGCGCAUUGCCCAAGCCAAACUCGCGGCUUACAAUGAUGACUUUUACGCGAGCCGCGAAGCCGUGGUGCCGCCCCCGGCCCAGGCACCACCCGUGAUUGAGGACCUUGACAUGUAUGACGCUGUUCAAAGCAAGGAUGCCCAGUUUGGCUUUGGCCAAGCAGAGACCAGUCUGCCACCGCCGGCCCUGGCCCCACGCGGGGCUGCUGCCCGCUUUCAAGAGCCCAUGGGUGGCGACUCGAGCACUGAUGAUGGCCCAGCCAGUCUGCCACCGCGCCGUGGCACAGUAGACAACACGGCCCCGCCACCCGUGCCAGUGUCCAACCGCCCUCCCCCUUUGCCAACAUCCGAUCGCCCGGGCAGCAUCAAGCGAGCACCCUUGCCAGCGCCCCCCUCGCCAGCAGCUGCCCCGGCUACCCCACCGCCACGCGAAGGCCGACCCCCUGCUGGGCCGCCACCUGUGGCCCAACGGGGGCCCGCUCUUCCUCCGUCCCGACCCCAAGCCCAAACGCCACCCCCAGUCCCCGAGUCUCCCCACCGACCUUCACUGGGUGCCCGGCCACCCAUGGUGCCCCCCGUUGGCGGGCGAGGCCCGCUGCCCGAGGUGGGCGGAGCCCCCGUCGGACCCCCACCGGAUCACCUAUUCCAGUUCAACACCAACCUUCCUCCGCCCGAUCGGCCUCACGGCGUGGUCGAUGUCAAGUCGACGCAGGCUGGCUGGUACUACCGGGGCCCCGGUAUCGAUCAGCGUAUUGAGGAGGUGCGCGGCGCGCCCGAGGGCACCUUCCGGGUCUUGGACGUUCUUGAUGACACAGGCAACAACAUGCUGGUCCUUGUAUAUGUUGCCGCGGGCCGAGCCUUGGCCAGCUGUCGACUCCACUCGGAUAAGUUUGGCAUUGGCUUUAAAUUUUCCAAGGAACGCUUCCAAAUGCUGUUCGAUUUCAUUCGCAACUAUGGCAACGACAACCGCGAGUGCCCCUUUUUGCUGCGCGUGCCUCCCAAUAUGCUGCGCCUCAAGCUUGAUGAGGAGAAGCACAACCUCUUCACUCAGGCCUGGUUCUUCAAGGAUCUCAGCAAGACCACCUGCGAAGACUUUUUGCAAUAUGAACAAACGGGCAGCUUUGUGGUGCACUCCAGUGAGUCGGCGCCCGGCAGCUACAAUCUUGCGUAUCUCAAUCACACGGUCAACUCGGCGCUCCUCGAGGCCACGGGCUCGGGCUUUCGGUUGCAGGGCACCGGCGAGAACUGGCCCUCUCUCCAGGCCGCUAUUCAAUCGCUGGUUGCUGUGUUUCAUCCUACUUUCAAUUGCCAACUCCGCUACAUCCGCCCCUUUCACAUUUUCAUGGAAGAACGCGAGGCCAAAUCAAAGAUGGCCGGUGCAACCAACACAAUGACCAUGGAUGCCAUCGCCCUGCAGCGCCAACAGUCUUGGAAGGGAUCAUCACGCCCACAGGCACGGGCGCCUGCCCCGGCUCCGACUCUCCCUCCCAUUCCUUCGGGCCUGCCCACAAUGGACUGGGACUGGCGCUCACGAACGCGCCAAGAAGCUCUUGCGUAUCUUCGUGGCAAACCCCCGGGCACCUUUAUUAUCCGCGCCAGUGACAAGAGCUUUGCCGCGCUCUCCAUGAUUAUUGGUGAUGGCUCGGACUACCACAUGCACAUUGAGCAAUCUGCAGCUGGUGUCAACUUUAAAAAAUCGCGGGACGUCUUUGACAAUCUCCUCUCGUUGCUGGAGCACUAUGCGCAGCCCUCGCAGAAUCUGCUGCCCGUUGCCUUGAACUUUCACUGACGUGCAAAUUUAUCUCUGUUCAUA